ACGUUUGCCACGUUGUCAUGGCAACAACCUGCCGUUCAACCUGUUCGACGGGUCGCAAUUAGCGACACCUGCUUUCCCCGCCUGGAAAUAUGUGAAAACGCACGCGUCGGCCUACACGUGCGCACAUGCGCACCGUACCUUUCUCUUCCUCCACGCUCUCUAGUCUCUGCCCUCUUCCCGCGCUUCGCUAUUCCUAGACCCGCUCUCGUGCCUCGUCUGACGCCAGCUUCACGCGCAGCAGAACGCCCUCCGCUCGCUCUCCCGCUCGAGCCAUCAACACGCGCUCUCAUUCAGCACCGGACAGCUCCUCCCGCCGUUACCGCGCUCCACCUACAAGGCCGUCGCAUGAAGCAGAUUGGUAGCGGGAAAACCCCCGUCCUCGUGGGCGACCCUUCAGGCGGCCUAUAGGGCGGCGCGGGAAGGAACCUCGCGCUCAAUGCGAUGGAGCGUCUCGCGCUCACAUGGACCCUUCAUACGACAACUGCGCGCUCACAGUGACACGAGAUGGAAGGUAACUAGAUGUCUGGAGCAACGUCGGUUGUUUUUGGACCUUAGUUACCGCUCGUUGGGAGGUUCCGGUAGAAACACGGCGGAGGAAAGACGGGGGAAGGAUUCUGGAACUUCAGUUCUGACAAAGAUCAGAAGAACGCAGGAUGGAGAUGAGAGCUUUUCUUCUGGAUGUCAGCCUUUACACUACAUGACGGAUGUCAUCACAUAGCCGGUGUGAGUCUGCAACGUGUUGCACGUGUUGAGGUGAGGAGUCCCGUGGUGGUGAUGCUGCUCCAUCGGCCCCGGUAGAGCCUCGGUUCCUCUGUUUCCUCCGUCAACACCAACAGGAGCCAUGGCUUAUCUAGCCGUCGGUCUGCUGCUGCAAACCGGACUGGUUCUGGCCACGAACUACGGCUACGUGGAGUGGUCGGACAGUGAAAAAGACGCGGAGCUCCGCACCAAGAAGCCCACAGUCCUAAGCUCUCCGAACAGCAGGGAGCCGCUCCACGCGCCCACCCUGCUCCCCCCCGCGGAGACCACCCAGCGCACCCUGGUGGCCCACAAGAUCGAGGAGGACCUGCCGCGCGUGGUGACCGCCUUCCUGCACAGCGGCGACCCGGCGGCUCUACGCGCCGUCAGCUGCUCGCGGAGCUACGAGCUGAGCGGCCUUCGGGGCGGCACGCGCAUCGCCUCGCACUACUCCCUGCACAGCGUGCUGGACACCCUCGCGCACGCCGCCAACUUCCUGAAUAGCGUCCUGCAGACAAACAGGUCGCGAGAGCACACCCUACGCAGGGACAUCCACUGGUACCACGCGCUGGUCCGGAGCGUCCUCGAGGGGGACCCCAAAAUCCACCGCGCGGUGCUGACCUUCCAGCUUGACGGGCAGGCGACGGAGGGGCCGCACGUGUUCCUCCAGGCCACGCGGCGGGAAAAGCAGGUGGUUCUACAGGACCUUUCGGACGGGGGCCACCUGAGCAGCAGGAGCCCCGAGGCCGAGUGGUUCAACGAGUUCAGGGACCGGAAGAGACCCCGCGUGCAGAAGAGAGCCCAGGCAGUUUCAAGCGCGACGGCUGCCGGGACGCGAAGUUACUUCCUAGACAAGAGUCAGAUCCGGUGGUCCGCGCCGUACCUGGAGUGCGAGCACGGGGCGCUCGUGCCCUACUGGCUGCUCACCCUGUCAGCGGGAUUUUAUGGAUUAAGGGCCAACGCGCUCCCGGAGUUUAGGGGGGUGGUGCGGGUGGAUGUGAACCUCCAGGAGGUGGACAUCGACCAGUGCUCAAGCAGCGGCUGGUUUGCUGGGACCAACCGAUGUAACCUCACCAGUAUGGACUGCACUCCUAUCGAGGGCCAUGGGUUUGUGUUGGACAAAUACAAGUGUCAGUGCAGGAAGGGUUUCUACCACCCCAGCCGAGUGGCGCUCAACGGAUUUACAGGGGGACAGGAGCCGGCCCCGCCCAGCAGAGAGGGCCCCUCCCCGGAGGUCUCGGGGGGCCGCUGCCUUCCGUGCCGCGAGGGAUGCCCCUUCUGCCGCGACGACACGCCCUGCCUGGUGCAGCAGGCCGGGGGGCCGCGGCUGGCCCUGGCCACCGCCCAGGGCCUGGUGCUGGCGCUGGACCUGGCCUGCAUGCUGGUGGUCUACCACUUCAGGAGCAACAAGAGGAUCCGGACCUCCGGCCUCGUCCUGGUGGAGACCAUCCUGUUUGGGGCGCUGCUGCUCUACGCCCCGGUGCUGGUGCUGUUCCUGCAGCCCAGUGUGUUGGGCUGCAUCCUCCUCCGGUGGCUCCGCCUGCUGGGCUUCUCUGUCACCUACGGCACCAUCAUCCUCAAGAUCUACAGGGUCCUCAAGGUGUUCCUUUCCCGUACAGCCCAGAGGACCCCCUACAUGACCAGCUGGCGCGUGCUGCGUCUGCUGGGUCUGAUCCUGCUGGUGGUGCUGUGGUUCCUGGUGGCAUGGACCUCGGCCGUGUGCCAGAGCCCCUCCACCAUGACCCGGGCCCUGAUCUCAACCGGCCUCACCCCCCAGGGGCUCCAGUUCAGCAUGUGUCUGCUGGACCACUGGGACUACAUGAUGGCUGUGGCCGAGUUCCUCUUCCUGCUGUGGGGCGUGUACCUGUGCCACGCCGUACGCACCGUGCCCUCCGCCUUCCACGAGCCGCGCUACCUGGCCGUCGCCGUCUACAACGAGCUGCUGCUCUCCAGCGCCUUCCACCUGGUCAGGUUCUCUCUGGCACCAGGUCUCCACCCUGAUUGGAUGCUGCUGCUUGUCUUUGGCCACACCCACCUGACAGUAUCCGUGACGCUAGGCCUGCUCCUUGUUCCCAAGUUCCUGUCCAAGGGGACCCAGGCCCGGGAUGACAUCGCCACAGAGGCCUACGAGGAGGAGCUGGACAUGGGCCGCUCGGGCUCCUACCUCAACAACAGCAUCACCUCGGCCUGGAGCGAGCACAGCCUGGACCCCGAGGACAUACGGGAUGAGCUGAAGAAGCUGUACGCCCAGCUGGAGGUGUACAAGAGGAAGAAGAUGCUGGCCAACAACCCCCACCUGCAGAAGAAGCGCAGCUCCAAGAAGGGGCUGGGCCGCUCUCUGAUGCGGCGCAUCACGGAGAUCCCUGAGAGCAUGCAGCACGUGCACCGCCAGGGGAGCCGCGAUGACGAGCAGGGCAGCAGCCGUAGCACGCUGAGGAGGAACCCCUUCGACCCCAACCACCACCACCACCCGCACCACGGCAAGUCCAAAGAGGAGUCCCUCAAAGCCAACCUGCAGGCCCUGAAGAAGUCCCUGAGCUACGACCAAGUGUGUGACCAGGACCCCGGCGGCCGUGACGGCUCCCGCACUCCGGGAGACAAGAUGACGCCCGCGGGCAGCGUCGCUGGCGAGGGCUCCCUCCUGGGCUCUCUGAUUGGCCGCGGGAGGCACGGCGGCAAGCGCUCGGCAGCGGUGUCGGUGGAGCAGCCGGCCAUGCCCCUCCCCCGGCUGGAGGCGGCCGAGUCCACCGAGUCGGUGCCGCUCUGCUGGAAGUCGGCCAGCGCCCAGAACCUGACCAACGACAAGAAGUCGUCCCUGGCCUCGUCGGCCUCCUCCUCGGGGGGGCAUCUGCGGACCUCCCUCAUGCAGAAGUCCCUGAGCGUGAUCGCCAGCGCCAAGGAGAAGAUGCCCGGCCUGGGGUGCAAGACGCACGGCGCCGAGGACGCAGGCCGCAAGGGCCUGAAGGGACGCAUGCUGUCGGAGGUGGACGAGAGCCCCGAACACGUCCCCAAGAUGAUCAUCAGCCAGUCGGUGGAGUACUCCAAGACCCCGCUGAAGAUGGGCAUCAUGAAGCAGCAGGUGAGCGGCAGCCAGCCGUCCAUCUGCUCGGAGCAGGGCCGCAACCUGUACGACCUGUCGGAGGUGUGUCCCUGGGACCAGGAGGAGGCCCAGACCCCCACCGAGGGGAAGGCCCAGAAGCACGUGUCCAUCGCCCCCGAGGUCCCCGGGGACCCGGCGGCCGCACGCAGGGGCAGCAACACGGGGAGCGUCAAGGGGAGCCGCUCCUCCUCCUCCUGGGCCCAGCGGGCGGGCCAGUCCCCCGCCAACCGGCGCCGCUGCUCCCGCGACAAGGGCGGCGAGAAGCGGGAGGAGGCGCGGGACGCGGGCAGGAAGCAGCCCCGCUCGCCACGGUCGCCCCUCCCGCCGAAGCCUGGCGCCUCGCCCUGGGCCUUCGACGAGCCGCCGACGCCACCGCCGCCGCAGACCCCCGGCCUCGCGGGGGGGCUGGCGGUGGGGGGGAAGCAGGCGCUGAUGGACUCCAUCUCCCCCGACAGGAUCCGGCGCAAGAAGAGCGUGACGCCCACCGAUGGGAAGCCCAAGGCCAUCCACUCGGACCACUCCAAGUCCACGGGCAGCCUGCUGCAGCCCCCCUCCCUGAUGGUGGAGAUCUGCCCCUGGGACUACCACCACCCCGACACCGACACCGACGCCCCCGCCGCCCCUGCCGCCCCCGCACCCCCGUCGCCCCAGCGGGAGAGGAGCUGUAAGAGCCCCACCACGCACGCCAAGCGCAAGCGCAAGGGAUCCUGCUCCUCCAACGCGUCGAGGGCCGAGCGGGAGAAGGGCCGGGAGAAGAGCAAGGAGAGGCGGGGCAGCUCCGCCAGCAAGCCCCCCGCGUCCGAGCGGCGGAGGGUCAGCCAGUCCUCCGAGGGGGGCGGAGGCCCGCGGCCGGGGCGGCGCCGGAGCUCCACGCGAGACGCGCGUGAGGCGGCGGCGGUGGUGGAGAUCAGGAGGGCGGAGGCGUGUCCCUGGGAGGCGGAGCAGCCGGCGCCAUCCCCCACCCAGAAUCAGACCGAAACCUCGCCAGAGAGGCAGAGGGCCGACUCGUCUCCGAGCGCCACAGAGCCCCUGGGGGGCAGCGGGGCCAAGAUGGCCGACGUUUGUCCCUGGGAUUACGAGGAGGCGGACUCUGGGAGCCGGGUGUGAGAGGAGCCGGUGGGAGGAGGAGGAGCCAGUGUGAGGAGGAAGAGCAAGUGUGAGGAGGAGGAGCCAGGUUUAGGAGGAGCCAGCAAGAGGAGGAGCCAGCAAGAGGAGGAGCCAGCAAGAGGAGGAGCCAGCGAAAUGACGGGCCAGCAAGAGGAGGAGGAGCCUUUAUGAGGAGGAGGAGCCAGCGUGAGGGGGAGGAGCCAGUGUGAGGGUUUGAACCCAUACAGAACAAUGCAGGAGCUUGUGAAGCCGAACUCAGCCCUUAAGAAGUGCCCAUCCUUUUUCUAAAAAGGUGAAAAUCUAAAGUUGGGAACACCAUAUAGCGACAUUUAAAAACAGAACAGAAAAUCAUCUGCAGCCCAUUUGUUCAUUCUGAUCAAAAAAGUUUUCGUUAAAGGGCCACAAUGUGUUUUAUUGUGUAACAUUAUUAUUAUGCAACUUUAAAGUCACUUUAUCUUUGAGGUAGAGAAAUGUUUAGACCUUUUCUUACACAUUUUUAUCCAUUUUUCAUUGUCUGUGUAAUGCAUUGCAACGCAUAGAGCACGUUUGAAUCAAAACAAAUAAUUCCCCCCAGAACACUAUAAGGUUUAAAUGGCGAGGAAGUGAAGAUGAGAGAGGCCCGAUAAGCUGAUCAGACAAUGGAUGAAACACACUCAAGAAACACUCUCAUUCCAACUUGGAGGAUUCAAGACAAUCCUGGGACUGACAUGGAUUAAAUAAUCAAUAUUCAUUCAGAUGAAAGGGGAAGAUAAGAUGUGUGGAUGAGGCGACCCGCUCAGACCUGAGGAACAGCUGCAGUGGCAGCCUUGCCUUAACUAAUGGCACAGUGAAUAAUUGAUAGCAUGAAGAUGGAAUAUUUUACUGACAUGGCAAGGCAUGGGUACCGGGGCUUACCGUCUCCUCAUCGUGACUUAGCGGCGUCCACACACAACGUCGCCAACAGCCCUAGCAUGUGGUCCCGUGUUGCAUCCCGACCCGUCGCUGUGUGGUGGUUCUCCUGUGGUCCAAUAGGACAGUGAAGAUGUUUGAUGUUGUCGGGGGUUAGCUGUCCAACCCCCUGUGUGCGGAGUGUGUGCUUUGAUCACGUUCUGAGUGCUGUCAGUGGUGUACACUUUAAUGUGGGACUACAGCGCUGUUUUUCCCUGAACCUUUCAACAUUUAAAAAGCAGGAGCCAAUCUCCAUGGCUGAAUGGGUUGCUGGAGUGGUCUUCUUAAGGACCUGUCUACACAAACAACAGCAAACACACAGACACACACCGUGUGUGCAUGUUGGACAACCAGACGUGCUCCAUGCUCAGAUGGUGUGCGACGCACAGGUGUGUAUGUGGGUCAUUUUGUGCGCUGCAUUUCUAUGGGGUUUCUUUGAGACAAUCUUUAAGGACCAAAUCCAAAGCUUGUUUGGGUGAGCUGAAUAAUUCAUUAUUUCACUCGGUCCGUCUUACGUCUGCUUGAACGCACAUCUUGGGGCUCACUGCGCUAGGAUACGCACUGGGAAUGAAUGCAACUGAGGGGGAGGUGGGGGGAUGUAAGCAUUCCAAUGGGAAUGUCUGCACAUGCAUGGCUUUCUGCACAUUUUUUGUUUGGUGUGUGUGUGUGUGUGUGUGUGUAUGUGUGUGUGUGUGUGUGUGUGUGUGUGUGUGUGUGUGUGUGUGUGUGUGUGUGUGUGUGCGUGCGUGCGUGCGUGCGUGCGUGCGUGCGUGCGUGCGUGCGUGCGUGCGUGCGUGUGUGUUUGUGUGUGUAUGUCUGUUUUUGUGGGUGUAUGUGUGUGUGUAAACUGGUAUCCCAUAUAUAUAUAUACAUAUAAUUGAAAAACAUUACUUUUAUCUGAAUCUGGUUAUACAUUCUGUUGUUUUCCUGCUGAUUUCAUGCAUGAACAAAGCCUCAUAAGAAAUGUCUUAACGUAAUGCAACAUCCCUAAUAGACUAGCAGCACCUCCACCGUAAACCACUCACCUUCAUUGCCUCCAGACCAUGUUGUCCAUCCAGCUUUAUUUCCUGCACUCUGUGUACACGUGUAUCACAACAUUGGAUGUUUGGUUUCAUUGUUCAUCACCUGGAAAAAAAGAGAACACCUUAAAUGACAAAGUGACCAAAAAAACGUUGAUGUUGACGAGCCAAUCAAAUCAAUUCAUGUAUGAAGUGUUUCUAUAUCAACAAAGCAAGUUGUUACUCCAAAAAAAAAAACAUAUAUACACAUUUAAUGACAAAAGAUACAAUGUGAUGCACAGUUUAUUUGUAAACCACGGCCUCAUGCUCAUAUCUAUGUUUUAAUCAGAGGACUUUAUAGACAAUAUGUGAAACUAUUACUUGCGCACUAAUUGUAUUGUAUGCCAAACAGAUACUAUGAACUGUCGUAGACUCCACAAUGGAAUAUUUGUGUUGUACAUUCAGAUCGUGUUCUGUUGUAAUUGCAUGUAAAUAGUACAAAUGUACAAUAAAUAUUUCUAGCAAACCUUA